GUACAGGUGGGUUGGUUCUUUCACACAUUCUUGCCCAAUCCAGCCUCUGUUGUUGGAGAUUGAGCGUCGUCUUUCUUACAGGUCCUCACACCUCAUAAUCUGCAAGGGAGAGAAACAUCUCAGGCCGGCAGCAUGAACUCGAGAACGGUUCAAAAGCAGCAUUACUCCAACGUAAAAUUGGAUGAUGGCUACUGCUUCACAAAGAGGCGUUAUGUGAACAAAGAUGGCAGCUGCAACAUAGUGUUUCGCCAUGUGCCUGAGGAAUGUCUUUUAUAUGUGACAGACAUCUUUACCACACUGGUGGAGAUCCGCUGGAGGGCCAUGUUCUUGACAUUUGCCCUCUCAUAUAUCCUGUCCUGGCUCUUCUUUGGGAUCCUGUUCUGGAUUAUCGCACUGAUCCAUGGUGACACGAGGGACCCAAACAACGAGCCUUGCAUCUAUGAGGUAAGAAGCUUUACAGCAGCCUUCCUCUUCUCUCUUGAGACACAGACUACCAUCGGAUAUGGCUCACGCGGCAUGUCUGAGAACUGCAUGCAGGCCAUCGUUACUGUGACCAUACAGGACAUCAUCAGCGUCUUCAUAGACACCUUUGUAAUUGGGAUCGUUGUUGCCAAAAUGGCAUCGGCCCGGAAAAGAGCACAGACAGUCGGAUUCAGUAAUAUUGCCGUGAUAAACCUUCGUAAUGGGCAUCUGUGCCUGUCAUGGCGAGUGGGUGACUUCCGUAGAAACCACCUGGUAGAAGGAACCACGCAUGCCCAGCUGGUCAGGCACACAGUGCAUACAAGUGGUCAAUCCGACCUAACCUAUCAUGACCUUGAAAUCCAAAACAGUCAUGUCAUUCUGGCCACUCCAGUGACUAUCAUCCACAGAAUCAAUGCCAGCAGUCCUCUACAUAAAAUGAGCCUGCAAGAUCUACACAAAGACUGCUUUGACCUGGUGGUGACUUUCACAUACACAGAUGACUGCAGUGGGAUUCUCCACCAAUCACGCACCUCCUACACUCCAAGUGAAAUUCUGUGGGGUCAGCAGUUUGAAGAGAUGGUGAGGGUUACCCAGAAGUCCUACAGAGUGGACUAUGCUCUCUUUCACCUAGCAGUUAAAGUCCCAGUUACAGAAAGCAGUGCUGAAAACAAUGAACUAAAGCAUCCUUCAAGCCGUAAACAAGACCAACAAAUGGGCUGUUCUCUGGCAGUGGAGAGUGAAGAAAUCUUAGGUCAAAACAAUACUAGCCUUACUAUUCAAGAAAAGCUAUAACAAACCAUGGUAUCUAUAGAACCUUGCAGUACUUAAGGUACAAUUAAGGGACAGUAAAGCUAUGUAUAAAAUAUACAAUAAAACAAUUCAAAACCUUGUAGCUAAUGUCCGUCGUAUACACGUGGAAUGUUAGAUUCAGGUGUAAGUCAUUCAGGAUUUUUCUUAAAAUAGAAUUUUAUAGAUAGAACCUGCAGACCAUAUAUGUGAAAUAAAUCUAAUGAUUUGUGUUAUUUAUUUCUUAGGCAAUCCAAAGUGCUGUAGGACGAUAUAUUGAUUAUGCUUUAUCUAUUAAAAACAUGUACAAACAUGCUUGACCAUGAGUCUUAGUCUCACAAGCUUUGCUAUAUUAUGACAGAAACAUCGUACAUAUCGUAACAAAUCAGCUACUUUAAUCCUCUGUGAGACUAACUGGAUUUGCGGGGCUUUAGUGCUACAUGUCGGUCAUUUCAGUUCCAUUUGCUAAAUAAUGCAACAAGGCUAACAUUAAAGUGAACUGCAAAAUAUCAUCUUACCACAGCAGGGAAAUUUAAAUUAAGUGUAGCAGAAUUAUGUUUUCGCUUUUGGUUUCCUCCAGAAUCUUUGUUAUGACAUUAUAGCAUCUAUUCGGAUUGCAGUAAAAUAACCUUUAUAACUAAAAUACUGAAAUUUCAGAAUAUAUUUUUCAUGUUUUCACCAGGAAACUAUAAUUCAUGCUUUUUGUCUACACCACACAUACCUGUUGAUAUUGCUUAAUGAGUAUUAUUACUUUAUUUGUAUGAAAUCGUGUUCUUUUGUAAAAUGCCUACAAUCGAAAGCUUUAAAAUAAUAUUAAAGAUUAUGAAUAAUGUCAAUUUUAUAUGUACUAAUUUAAGAAGUGACAUCUGUGUGCAGUGAAAAUGUACAUGACCCUAUAAGUUCUUUAAAAUGUCUCUCCUUAAGCCCAUUUUAUACUAGACCAGGUACAUCUUCAGUACCACUGUUAUACUGUAUGUACAUUUCUAAUGCAUUUCUUAUAUUAAGAUAUAAAAUUGCAUUUGUACUCUGGGUGGCCACUCAGUAAAAAUCCAAACUUAAUUUUGUUAAUAAUGCAAAGAACAGAGACGGUAGAUGGGAAAUGUAUGUAAGGAAUAUGUCAAAAAUAACACACAACAGGACAUGCUGUUAUAGAAAUAUAAUACAGGAUGGGGUGCUGUAAUAUUCCAUAACAACCAAUUUGCUUACAAUUACAAUAUUUAUUUUAUAAUGUUUUAUAGUUAUAUUUAUUGUUGAAUGCCCACACAAGACUCGUGGUAAUUUUUCAUAAAUUAUGAAAUCGCAGCUCACCUUCCUCUCUUUAUUCCCUGUUUAAAAGUUAAUAAGAAGCAAGUUAAUAAAAAUACAGCUUGUCACGUUGUGGAAAAACUGGAAAUCUCAAACACAACCUGUCCUGAAGACUUUCCCGUGGCAGUAAAUAUACUGUUUGGAGACUCCUUCCAUAAAUGUUAAAUAAACAUCAAACUUAACUCCUUACAGAAAAAAGCAACAAUGACAAUUUACGAUCAAUUUAUUAGUAGCCUUAAAUUGUGUGGACCUUCUGCCAAGUCACUGUGAAUGAAUUGUUGCCAUAGAUGUAAUAAUGU